AUGGCGCCAAAGCGAGGGAUUCCCUUCGCCAAGAACGGAAGCAAAGGAGUUCGUUUCACUGUUUUGAGAUUCGUUCUUCUCUGUGUUCUUACGCCGGUUGUUUUCUUCCUCAGUCGGGGUUCUCAUGUUGCAGAUCAAAAUGAUAUUUCAGCAGUUCCAGAUACACAGCAUGUUGCCAAAUGGAGAGAGUGGAAUGCAUUGCAAGACCUUAAAUCACAUUUUUCAAAAGAGGUUUUUGAUGUUAUUGUGUCCAGCACAGAUGACAUGGGGCCACUGAGUCUUGACAAUUUUAGAAAAAAUAUGUCUGCAUCAUGGAGAGUUGUUGGAUUAGAGACUUCAAAUGUUGCCUAUGAGCUAAAGCAACCAACAACACAUGUUAGACAAGAAAAAUUAAAGGUGAAGGAAGAAAGAUCUUCAGGUGAGGGUCUUGCUCAGUGGACUGAUAGCCCUGCACUGCAAGCCCGAAGGAAAUUAAUCGAAAAAAGGCGGGUAAAGCGUGCCUCUGAGUUGGUAAAGAUGGACAAUGAAGUAAUAGUAAAACUCGAAAAUUCAGCUAUUGAACACUCAAGAUCUGUUGAGUCAGCCGUAUUAGAUCAUUAUGGCUAG